CAAAAUCCCAGAUAUCGCGUAGCUUUGUCGGAGGAGCUUUUAGUUCCGCAAUGAACUUAGCGCAGGAUUAGAGUAGAUGUGCGGAUAAAAAAAAGUUCAGUGCGUAUAUUGCUUUUUAAUCGGCAUUGGUGACAUCUUAAGUGCUUUUUGGACGUUUACUAAUCGGUUUGACUGUGAUUUUAACGCAAUAAUUUACCCGUUGAAUAGUUUAAGAAACUUUUCCAUUUUUUGUAACUACUGACUGUCAUUGUAUGAUGUAACGAAGUGAUUAUCUUGAAGACCUACAAAAAACUAUUUUUUGUUGUUGUGGGAAGAAUUUUUUUAUUUGGUGGUGUAUUAUGGUUUCCUAUUUUAAUCCUACCGCAAUGUUUCGCCACCAGCAAGCAUUAGCUGCUCAAAAUGCGCAAUUUCAUCACGGUAGUUCCCCAAUGCCGACGUGGUACGCUGGUGGUUAUCACCACCAAGGUGGUCCUCCCCAACAUCCUGGAGGUGCCCCUACACCAUCUUAUUGUAUGCAGGAUGAGCAGCAGAUGUGGCAUCAUCCAACACCUCAUCACAGCAUAUUUCAACAGGAAUAUUCAGAAGUCAUACACUCUGGGAUGCCGUCGCUCCAUCAUCAACAGGUUUUAGAUCCGGAAUCCCAAUUACCGUCCCCACCUAUAACCGUUUCCGGUAGUGAUAUGUCCAGUCCUGGUGCCGGAAACGGUAAUGGAAAUGUGUCGCCCCCAAGUUCGAGACCUCCUCCAGCACGAAGUCCAUAUGAAUGGAUUAAGAAACCAUCCUACCAGAGUCAACCAAAUCCAGGCAAAACAAGAACGAAAGACAAGUAUCGUGUCGUCUACACGGACCAUCAAAGGUUGGAAUUAGAAAAAGAAUUUACGUUCAAUAAUAAAUACAUAACAAUUCGUCGGAAAUCGGAAUUGGCAGCUGCGUUAGGUUUGUCGGAACGUCAAGUGAAGAUUUGGUUCCAAAAUCGAAGAGCAAAGGAGCGCAAACAAGUGAAAAAACGCAUGGAAGAAGCAAGACAGAAGGAUACAAUGGAUCCUUUACAUCUAGAUCAAGACGCCAUAAACCAAAUUCAACAUCAACAUCAUGCGCGACCGUUUAAGACGGAGAUAGUGCACGAUGUUCUUCCUUCACCUGUACCUGCCGUCCACUUGGUGUGAGAUUACGAUUGAUAUAGUUCUAUUGUUAAGAAAAGAUAAACGAACCCACGGUCUAGUCUCAAUUUCUAAUAGGGAGAUCUCAAUAGCACAAAUGUGAAUGUUCUUAAAAUCAGUGUGAAACUUACUUGUGGUUUGCCCUACACACAAAAGUGCAGUGAUAUCCAUCCAUCCGAUUACACGUGUUUUAUUGAACAUUAAAUUAUUUUUAGUUUUUAUAUGUACAAGUUAUUAAAGGAAAACUCUGGUGCUUAUGUUGAGUACAUUAUACACUUAAAUGUAUAUGAUAUAAUGACAAACUUUUGUCCUAAAAGUGCAAUUUCUAGUGCAAUCUCGCUUGUAAAGAUUAAGGUUAUUUUUUAUUGUUUAAGAUAAUUUUCUUCUGAAGAAUAGGACGAGAUAUUCCCGUCUUAUACGAGAAGUGUUCAUCCCGCCUUAUCAUUGAACAUUUUAUUAUUUAUAAGAUCGAUAAGUUCUUCAUUAUUAUCUUUUCUUGUGUUGUGAUACUUUAAAAUAGUUGAUUCUCUAGUUUUAAGAUAUAAAAUGUACAAAUACACGAAUAAACAAUUAUUAAGUCGUUUAACGAGA